AUGUUCUCCAAGAACUCAGGCCUCGCGGCGGCGCUGCUGGCAGCGCCUGCCGUGCACGCCCACUACAUCUUCUCACAGUUGAUCGUAAACAACCAGACCGUCGGCUCCGACUACAGCUACAUUCGACAGAACACCAACACUUACAUGCCCUCCUACGCCGCCGACAUCAUCAAUUCUGAAGACCUUCGAUGCAACGCCGGCGCCGGUAGCGCUUUCUCCGAGACGUACGACGUCAAGGCCGGCGACACCAUAGGCUUCAAGCUCUCCUUCGACGAGCUCAUUGAGCAUCCUGGUCCGGGUUUCGUGUACAUGUCCAAGGCACCGGGGGACGUUGGCAGCUACGUCGGCGAUGGCGACUGGUUCAAGGUGUGGGAGGGAGGUGCAAACGGCGCCGCAAACGUCGACACGAACUGGGUGACAUGGCAGAAGGACAGAAUUGAGUUCGCCAUUCCUGCCGACAUUCCUGAUGGCGAUUACCUUGUUCGCCCUGAACACAUCGCUAUCCACGAGAACCAUGUCGGCAAAGCCCAGUUCUACAUGGAGUGCGCCCAGCUCCGCAUCAGCGGCGGUGGCAGCGGAACUCCCAGCCCGCUGGUCAAGAUUCCCGGCCUCUAUGCCACCGACGACCCAGGCUUCACCUACAGCAUCUGGACCGGCAGCGAUCCCGGCUACACCAUGCCCGGACCUGCCGUCUGGGGAGGCAGCGCCAACGCCAACACCACUAACACGGGUGCCGCUUCGGGGACAGCAUCCACGGACUCGAGUGCUAAUGCACCAAGUGGCUUUUCGUUCGGCCAGUGGAACAGCCGCGUUAAGGGCCGCAGAGCCGCUUAG